AUGGCGCACACUGUGGCGCUGCGAUCGCAAUCAAUAAACAUCAUGGCGAUUCAUGUGUUACUGAUUGUAAAUAUUUUGCUGUUUACGCACACCCAACGAGUGUCUGCGCUAGUUACAGAUUUAAAUAAUGUAAAUUUUGGCUCGUUUACGUCAACUGGCGACGUAAAACUGAUAUAUUUCUACAAUACGUUGUCGUCCGAAGUCAGUAAUUUCCUUAGAAUACUCGACGAAUCUUCGCAACUGUUGGAGCCAUAUGGCGUACAACUGGGAAACACGAACUGUGCAGAGCAAAACGUCCAUCCCUACUGCAGUAGGGGUGACGUAGAGGACAACAUAUUUGUGUUUAAAGUAGGAUGGGAACAUGUUGAGCUUUCGCUGGACUCAGUAUUUGAUGUCGAUUCAGUUGUUGCGAAUGCACUGCAGUUGGUAUUGUUGAGGGAAACCCCCAUCAUCCUUGAUGUAGAGAUGAGAAAGAAGCUGGAGAAGAAUCUUAAAGGAAAGAAGGACUUGAUUUUAUCAUACCACGAUGAGUUAGGAACGCGAGAGCACAGGGCGUUUAUGGAGGUUGCAUUUGCGUACCAGGAUGAUUUUCAAUUUGCACUGACUACAAAGUUUGAGGCAACACAAGGUCUUAGUGGGCAUGCCCUUAAGGGGAAUUUAUCUGCGAUCAUGUGGUACAUACAGUGCAAGUCUGAUAACUGUGCUGAUGUACUCUACAGGGAUGAGUUCAACGUUGUUGGGUUCAUGACCUUUUUGAAGGCAGUAAACCUACCAUCUAUUGUCAAAAUACCACCUCUUGAUUUUCCUGGUGCCGAUGUGCGGAUAAACAGAGUUUACAUUGUGAGUAACUUGUGGAACUCGGAAAUCAAUAGCUCUAUUUCACUGGUACUGUCUCAUCUAAAAUGCAUGGUGCAAGUAGUGGUUGUAAUAGCAAAAAAUAUGAAGCUGAAGGAUUGGGAACGAGUCGGUUUCAGUGUAAGCCAAGGAAAGUUGCCUACUGUCCUGCUCAGGCUCAGAUACCAAGGCUACAAGGUGAUGCCGGGAGAGAUGACUCCUACUGGUGUGCUUAAUUUCGUCAUGGAUAAACUGGAUGAGGCCAUGCGAAGGUCAAGCUACACAACGAUUACUGUUCCCGAGACGGAAGAGCUGUCAGAGGACGUUUUGUCAUUAGCUCAUGAUAGUGUCUUCAAGGCAGUACACAAAGCAGGUGGGCAUAAAGUUGUGCUGUCCCUGCAGGCUCUCACAGACGAAACCUUUGAAACAGUGUUGAAGGAGGAAAACUGUGAUGUCGUUGUGUUUUACCAACCCUGGGAUCAUAUUAGCAUAGCUCUACUGCAAAGCUUAGUCGAAAUUGCUGAUGAUAAGAAUAUGGAUUAUGGGAUAAUCGUUUCCCGGUUGAACUGUGCUGACUGGACACAUGUCUGCCAGCAGAAUCAUGUGAACCACUUUCCAGUUGUAAAGAUAUAUUGCAAAGCAAAUCCACCAGUACAAUAUGAGGGUCUGCUAGAUGGUAAAACCAUCCUUAACUCUGUGAUGUGGUACGUGGAUAGGCCGAUCAGUAUUCCUAACAAAGAGACAGUUGAUGCUUUCAUAUCUGGUAAAAUGGCAAAAUUCUCCAACGAUGAUACAACCCUUACUGUUCUCGGUCUUCUUAAGUCAAAGGAACAUAUAGAAAUUUUUCGUGAAUCUGCGAGAAAGACGACAGGACUUGUCGUUUUUGGUCUCUGCAAUGAUUCCGCACUCGUAGACAGUGUUGCUGCAAGCCAUGAUGUCAUGCCUCCUGCUGUGAUACUUUACAGACCUGGUGACCUGUUUGAGCCAUACGUUGUUACGCUUGAUCUCUCAUCAGCAGACAGUAUUGUAAAUUUCAUCGAUUCAAAUAGACCUGCGCCGUUUGCUAAACUGACUCCCAUUACGCUUCCGGAAAUACUUGCUAAACGAAGUCACUUGUUGCUACUUUUUGACGACACCUCUGCUAUCAUCAUGCACGAUCUCCUUGGCAGACUUUCUGUGAAUCGACUCUACCCUAAGCUUGCAUUUGCGUGGAUCGAUGUAUUCGACAACUACAAGUUGGCCAGCGAAAUACUGCUUGCGUACAAUGCAGAGGUGACACCGCCUGCAGUGUUUCUUGUGGACUUCGCCCAUGCUAAAGUCUACCAAUAUCGCGAAGCUCUGGAGGAGGCUUCGGAGGUGGCCGUCACGGCGUGGAUAGACCGAGUUCUCACCAGAGAGGAGGCAGCACAGUCCAACCUUACAAGUCACGAAUGGAAACCACGUGUUCCCAGCAUCGACUUCCUGACGCUGACGGACCAGCCGGGCGAGACAGUGCGUGGGGACAGGUUUCAUACUAAUCAGUGGGAGGAGGAAGCACACCAGGAGGAGGAGGAGGAGGAGGAGGAGGACUUGAAAGAUGUUAGAAAGGAGGUCGGUGCCGCACUGAGGCGUGAGCUCGAAAACGCAGCUCGGAAAAACAAGAGAAUGCAGAAGCAUGAUGAGCUGUAAACCACUUAAUCUGAAUUCGUUCAUUGUAACCCAGAUUCUACAGUCAACCAACGUAAUGUUUUUCUGUGUACUAUUAGAAUUGCAUAAUGUGUUACUAUUGGAAUAGUAAGGUGGCUAUAUAAUCAAAAGUUGUAUAAAUUAUAUUAAAGUGUCUAAUGUGAAUUUUAAUAUAUUUUCCUGAUGCUAAGCAGGCUGCAUUGGUAUAUUUAUUAUGAUAAGGUUUACUGUGGUAUAUACUGUAAGACAUAGUGAACAUACUUUAUGAACCAAUGGCAUCUAAAAUUAGGGAUGUAAUUUUUUCAGAAUUCUCUGCUAUUUUGCUGAAGCAUUAUUGGUGAUGUGUCUGCAAUAACAUCCAAACCAGGGUAACUUUCUAAAUAUGAUCUCUCUCUCUAACUGAAUGUUAUUGGAAUGUGAAUUGGCCCCUGUGGCAUAGGGAGAAGUAGUUCUAUAUUAUUAUAAGAAAAAUACCUUUACCUGUGUUUUACUACAGGAGGAAUAUUUUUUCAGGAGAAGCUAGCUAUGUUUAUAUAUGUUUUAGGCAAAUUUUAUUUUUUGAUAAAUAUGUAAGAAUGGUAUUUAUAUUGGAAUAUAUUUAUUUAACAGUACAUCAAAUUUAACGUGAAUUUUUUUUUCUUUAGGGGAUGCGAGUUGUAGAAGAAAAAAACCUCCAUCUGUAUUUUUUAUCUAUUUUUUUACUAUUCUUUUGGGAAGUUUUAGGAAGGGCAAUAACUUCACCCCAUUAAAUAACCACGCCACAAAGCAACACAGUUGCCAAGACCUUGUGCUGUAUGAGCCACAAGAUGUUGUACAUGCUAUAUAUGUUAGUGAGUAUCCUUGCCAGCUAGGGCACAUGGCUGGCUCCAGUAUAAGAUCUUGUGCCUCUAUCUUUUCAGAGUUGUGCACGAUACCGGUACCGUAUGUAUGGUAUGUGACUCUAAUUUCGUGGUAGUUAGUAAGAUGUUACCCCCUUAACAUUCCCUAGCAGUUGAGUAUGUAUGGAAAUGGUUGAUGUAGGGAUAUAUGCUUCCAUGAGAGCAGGAAAUAAUAUCAUAUGCUUUUGUGCUUUCUCAACACAAGCCCAUAAUUGUGUAUGUACAUAAAUUCACGGGUGCUCAGACAGGUCUUCUGCUAGGUAUAUAUGAAUUAACCAUGCAGCUUUUUGAAUUAAACAAAUAUGUAAGUGAUUGUAUACACUCCAGUCACAUCUACUUAAAAAACCGCGUAACAUAAUUAAACUUUUCUCUGUAAAGUGGCACAAAAUUAGGACAAGGUUUAUCCACUUUGUGUACUAUGAUAUCGUUUCUCCACAAGUUCGUGAAUCGUUUUGCAUUGUUAGGUUAAUAUUGUGUAAUGUCGUGUGAAUGUCGUACUAGUGGAAGACUGGUAGUUUCUGUGAAAUAUCCGUUAACGAUCAAAAUAUAGCUAGAUUACUGUGGAAAUUUGAGGUAAGCCUCGUUUGCGAUCAUGUACAUGUGCUACUGUAAAUGAUAUAUAUGUCAGACAGUGCGUGUAGUGAUAACGUUUUACAAGCAACCCAUGUCCAUGAAAAUUAAUUUCUAUAUAUUAGAGAAAGACCAUUCCAAAGAUUACUCUGGAAAACGUUGCUUGCAUGUUGGCUAUAAGACAGCGCACUAGUUACUAAAAAAAGGUUCGUAAAAGUAGAGAAGGACUUUGGAGAAGAAUGUAUAUUAUGUAAUCUCAGAAUGUGUUAUGUGCAAAAUGUAUUACUUUUACCCAUGUUACGAUGCUGUGAAGGCAGCUAUGUCACUAAUUUCCAUAUAGGGAAUAGAAUAAAGGGUCUGUUUAGAAAAAUAGCGAGCAGAUUCUUAACAAUAGCUAUGGUGAAAUAACAAAAGUACAAACUAUAAGUUUAUGAAAUGUGUCAAUUAAAGAAGGAAUGUAUCUGCAACCCCACUAUAUUUAUGUGUUUAGAUAAAUUAAAUGUGAGCCAGUCAUGUGUUACUGAAAAGAAAAGAAACUGUUGAAACCACGUAUGUAUAUCGUAUAUAUAUAUAUAUACAUAUCAUUAUGUCAGCUGAAAGCCUGAGGAAGCGAUGUAUGUCUCGAAAGCUCGCUGAUUAAAAUUUAAACACCCUUUA